AUGUACGACCAUAUCGUCGCCCUUCUUCCAUGUGUCCGCAGCUUCGAUCCCAACGCCGUGCUAUACGAAUCAGCCACGGUCCGCAGGCGUGGCGAGUCCACGGCCAUGUGCUACAUGUGCCUGGCGGAGCGCCUCGAGGACCUGUACGAGGAGACGGAAACCCCGCAGCCCGACGCCUGGCUAGAACUCGCACUGUACCGCAAGAAUGGUAGGCGGCACGUCAUGAUCAUCACCAUGGCCGGAUUCGUGGUAGCGCUGCUGCCAGGUGUUGGGUCGUUGGUCACCGGCAUCUUUCAGGCGGUGGUGGCGUAUUUGGCUCGGAAGCAUCCAUAG